AUGCGCUUUACCAAACAUAAGAAGCAUCUGAAAUUUGCAUGGAUUACGGGGUUAUGUAUCACAUUUAUAUUUGCAAUUCAAAAAAAUAAUCCUGUGGAUUGCGACUUGGAAGCCAUCCAUGGUGACGUUUCUUCGAUAGACGUCAAGUGCAAACAACGUCUAUAUGCAUCAUUGGAAAUACGUCCAUCAAACAAGAUUAACUGUUCCAGAAUUUUAAGAGGGGAUGAAGAGGCCAUCAACACAGCAGUCCUUGAUAGAUUAUUGGUGGCCAACAGGCAUAUUCCUUUCACUGAAGAUCAAUAUAUAAACGUAACCACGGACUGCGUGACGUAUAAGAAGAUUCGUAAAUUCAUCCCAUUUUCACUGAGCCGAGAAGAAGAAGCAUUCCCCAUUGCUUAUUCCAUGGUGAUCCAUGAGAACAUUGAGAUGUUCGAGAGGCUUUUGAGAUCCAUUUACACCCCCCAUAAUAUUUAUUGCGUCCAUGUGGAUGAAAAAUCCCCAGAGAACUUCAAAACGGCAGUGAAAGGCAUAACUUCUUGCUUCGAUAACGUCUUUGUGGCAUCCAAAUUGGAAAAGGUGGUCUAUGCUUCGUGGUCAAGAGUACAAGGUGACCUCAACUGCAUGGAGGACCUGCUGAGAAGCCACGUUGAGUGGAAAUACCUGCUGAAUACCUGCGGAACGGACUUUCCCAUUAAGACCAAUGCCGAGAGUGUGAAAGCUCUUCAGCUUUUAAAGGGGAUGAACAACAUGGAGUCCCAACCGCCGUCUCCUUAUAAGAAGAAACGUUGGUUAUUCCAAUAUAAAGUUGGCCUUCGUAUAUCGAAAACUGAAAUAAGUAAAGAGCCGCCACCUGACAACAUUACAAUGUUCGCUGGGAAUGCUUACAAUGUCAUGACCAAAGACUUUGUAAGAACGGUCCUUACCGAUCCUAAGGUGAGAAGGUUGAUGGAAUGGUCGAAAGACACCCACAGUCCGGAUGAACACCUUUGGGCAACGUUGCAUCGCAUGCAUGGGAUUCCUGGUUCUGUUCCGAGUCUUAGUGAAUUCGAUACAUCCGACCUACAAGCUAUUGCCAGGCUGGUAAAAUGGGGGCGUGUGGGGGAAGUGAGCUGUAAUGGCAUUUAUAGACGGGGAAUCUGUGUUUAUGGAACUGGGAACUUACCAUGGAUGGUGCAGCAACAUCAUCUGCUUGCCAACAAGUUUGAUCCCUCGGUGGACAAUAAUGCAAUCCAAUGUCUGGAAGAGUACCUGAGACACAAAACUCUUUAUGGCACAGAUCUAUAG